AUGCGCAAUCUCAGGAACAUCCUCCAUGAGAAAUGGGAGCCUCCUGCUCAGUUCCAGGGACGACCUUUGACCUCUGCAACUUGGGAUCUAGCCAGUGACUGUGUUCUGUGCACUUUUGGGCCAACUGAGACCGAUGCUCUUAUAGAGUUGGUGAGAAUCAAGAUAAAGCAAAAUACCCAUGAGCAUACAGUCAUCACAUCUUGGGACGCACCCUGCCCAAAUCCAGAGCUUUCAUGUGACGAGGUUCUGAGUCUCCACUAUUUUGGCGACAGCUUGACAGCAUGUCUUGUCCUAGCAGGUGGAGAUAUCAUCGUCGUUAGGGAGGAACCUCUGGCAGGAGAAGACCGGAUUGAGAUUGUAGGGUCCGUGGAUGCUGGCAUCACUGCUGCAAAAUGGUCACCUGACGAGGAGCUCCUGGCUAUCACCACCAAGGCAGAUACGGUUGUCUUCAUGAGUCGGAGCUUUGAAGGGGUCACAGAUGUUGCUAUGACAGCAGAAGAUCUGAAAGCUUCGAACCAUGUCUCCGUUGGCUGGGGAAAGAAAGAGACUCAGUUCAAGGGAAAAGGUGCCAAAGCCUUGAGGGAUCCAACUAUGCCCGAGAAGACCGAUGAAGGUGUUCUGAGCCCCAACGACGAUUCUCGGGCUACCAUCAGCUGGAGAGGAGACGGCGCUUAUCUUGCUAUUUCGACCAUUGAGGGUGGUGCUAGACGACUGAUCAGAGUUUACUCGAGAGAAGGUGUCCUGGAUAGUGUCUGUGAGCCCGUGGACGGUUUGGAAGGAGCUCUCAGUUGGAGACCAGCAGGCAAUCUUAUUGCUGGUAUCCAACGAUUGGAUGGCCGCAUCGAUAUCGUCUUCUUCGAACGGAACGGUUUAAGGCAUGGCCAAUUCAGCCUUCGCCUUACCCCUGAGGAACAGCACUUGGCAGGACAGCAUAUUCGACUCUCCUGGAACUCAGAUUCAACAGUAUUGGCUGUCACCUUAACAGAUUGUGUUCAAUUAUGGACUAUGGGCAACUAUCACUGGUAUCUCAAGCAAGAGAUCAAGACCAGUUCUUUGCUUCCUACAAGCUCUGUAUUAUGGCACCCGGAGAAGUCUUUGAGGUUCGUUGCCGCUGCUUCGGACUAUCUCAGUGUCAUUGAACACAUCUUCACUACAGCUCGUGCAUCUUUGGCCCCGCCACAUGAUUAUGGUGUGGUGGGGGUCAUUGAUGGACACUCCAUCAAGGUUACUCCUUUCCGGACGGCUAACAUUCCACCUCCCAUGAGUUUAUAUGAGCUAGAGGCACCGUCGAAUGCUAUUGAUACUGCUUUUAAUUCGGACGCCUCCCUGAUUGUUGUCUUGCAUCAGACUGGAAUCUCUAUUUUCGGAUGGAAGAGUGUCGACGCCUCGUUUUCACCUCCAAUGCUCACCGGUCAAGUCACAUUCGCGAAGGAUGAAAUGCCAGAAGGCACUUACCACCAGAUAUCAUUUGCUGAGAAAGGUGAAAUCUUGGUAUUACAACGAGGCGCAACGGGAGCUUCACUCAAGCGAUUCGGUUUCAAUGACGAGACUGGUAGGAUGGAGGAGAUAGUGUCGAGAACUGCUCCUACGUCCAGCAUAUCUAGCUUGUCAAGCUUCACCCAAGAAGAAUCGACGCAUCCUUAUGUGCAAGGAAAGGCAGGAGAUUUGCACAGUCUGACAUUUGGGGAGCAUACUUUAUCGCAUUGCAACUUUCCUCACUAUCUUCCCUGGACUGAAAUAGUACCAUAUGGGGAGGAUCAUAUUGCCUUUGGCAUGUCUCGGAAUGGCCACCUGUACGCGAACUCACGCUUGCUAGUGAAGAACUGCACUUCCUUUCUGGUUACUCCAGUCCAUUUGAUUUUCACCACCACAGCCCACCUCUUAAAAUUUGUCCAUAUAACACACAUCAAUGAGCUUGAAGUUCCGCCUGAUGACCCGGAAACGGAUGAGCGCUGCCGCAGUAUUGAGCGUGGAGCACGGCUGGUCACAGCUAUGCCAAUGUCCCUGAGCCUCGUUCUCCAGAUGCCAAGAGGUAACCUCGAAACCAUCUUCCCUCGUGCAAUGGUUGUUGCAGGUAUCCGCAAACUCAUCGAGGGGAAGAACUAUAAAAAAGCCUUCACUCAUUGCAGGACUCAGAGAGUUGACAUGAACAUUCUUUACGAUCAUGCACCGGAGCAAUUCCUGUCCAACGUUGCACUUUUCAUCGACCAAGUCAAGAAGAUCACAUAUAUUGACUUGUUCUUGUCGUCUCUGAGAGAGGAAGAUGUCACGCAGACAAUGUACAAAGAGACUCGGGUUUCGCGAGACCUGGAGAAUGGCAUCCCUGCUUUCAACGACCUGAAUGGCGUGCCUCCUCAGCCGCCAAUUGUCGCAAGAUCAUCAAAAGUUAAUAGAAUCUGCGAUGCCGUCUUGGAAGUACUGAAGGCCAGGACUGCAACAAAUCUACAAAAUAUUAUCACUGCAAACGUCUGCAAGUCACCGCCAGCACUGGACGAUGGCUUAUUAGUCGUGGCCAAACUCAUGAAGAACGACUCAGCAGCGGCUGAUAAAGCUGUGGAGCACAUCUGUUUCCUGGAAGAUGUCAACAAACUCUACGAUAAUGCUCUUGGAUUGUAUGAUCUCGAUCUCGCGCUCCUGGUUGCACAGCAAUCACAGAAGGAUCCCCGAGAAUAUCUCCCUUUCAUGCAAAAUCUACAACAAAUGACCGAACUUCGGCGACGGUUCAGUAUCGACGACCAUCUAGGGCGCCAUUCCAAGGCUCUCUCUCAUCUACACGCUCUUGACGCCUUUUCGGAAUUACAAACCUACACGCAAAAGCACUCACUCUAUCAAUCCGCUCUCUCGCUAUACCGCUACAGCCCCAGCCAGCACGCCGCAAUCACCUCCCUCUAUGCCGAACACCUUGAAUCCAAAUCCUCCUUCAAAGAAGCAGCUCUAGCCUAUGAAUCCCUGCACAACUACCCGAAGGCCACAUCCUGUUACCUCUCAUCCGGGCCCUCCUCAUGGCGCGAAACCCUCUUCUGCGCUCUCUCCCAAACGCACCCUUUAUCUGGACCCGCACUCUCAGACCUUGCAACCUCUCUCUACGAUGCCCUCAUGGAGAGCAAAGACUACUUCGCAGCAGCCACAAUCCAACUCGAAUACCUCUCCUCAAUACUCAACGCCUGUCGAGCUUUCUGCAAGGGCUAUUUCUUCGCUGAUGCCCUACAUCUGGUUGCGUUGAAAAACGUCCCUGAAUUACUAGAACAAGUCAUCGACCCAGGCCUCGGAGAAGCAUUAGCGUCAAGCACCGAACUACUCGCAGAAUGCAAAGCUCAGCUGCUCGCCCAAGUGCCUCGAAUCCGCGAGCUUCGAGCAAAAGCUCUCGUUGAUCCACUCGCGUUCUACGAAGGCGAGCGAGGGGGCGGAGAUGGAGAAUUACCGGAUGAUGUGAGUGUGGCGGCUAGUUCGCGCUUGAGUACGAAUAGGAGUUUGUUUACGCGGUAUACGGGGAAGGGAAGUCAGGGGCAGAGUUUAGGGACUGCGGGGACGGGGGUCUCGAGGGCGACGAGCAAGAAUCGGAGGAGGGAGGAGAGGAAGAGGGCGAGGGGGAAGAAGGGAAGUGUGUAUGAAAAGGAGUAUCUUGUUGCUAGUGUGGGGAGAUUGAUAGAUAGGGUUGAGAGUGUUAGAGGGGAGGUUGAGAGGUUGGUUGUGGGCUUGGUGAGGAGGGGGAUGUGGGAGCGUGCUAGGGCGAUAGAGGGGAGUUUGGCGGAGGUGGUGGGUAUGUGUGAGGCUUGUGUGCCGGAAGUGUUUGGAACUGAUGCGUUGCCAACUCUUCCUGUAGGUACAGGUGAGGAUGGAUAUAGACCAGUUGGCGGAGAUGCGGUUCUCCAAGAGAGCAUCGAGGCAGCUGGGAAGCGAAAGGAACUUCCAGUCAUCUUGCCAUUUGAGAGACUGUCUUUGCUUGGCUCUUAG